AUGUCACAGAUUCAGAAGCUUGUGAGACAGGGAACCCGGAAGGCUGCUCAGGUGUUAGGAGAUGUGGUGUUGCUCCAAGAGAAGCCGGCACCUAACCAGGACGAGUUCGAUGCUGAUUUGCCAUACCGCAGCCGUUGUGAGGACAUGAGUGUUGCCACCACGUGGGAGGCCGCCCAACGUCUGUUCCAACAGACGAAGUGUCUGAAGGUUAGCUCGGCCCUGUCUGCCUUGAGAAGCCUGUUAGCCGCCCGAUGUCAUGUACCCCGCGAUGAUGUUUAUGAACGAGAUCUACUACAGGAGGAACGGGACUACGGACAGCGGCGAAAGACCUACCAGGCGGAACUAUGGCGAACACCGACGGAAGCCGAGAUCUACUAUCAGAGACGAGACGAGUCCGAUUACCCGAUCCACCCGACGGUGAAGGCCAAGAGGCCAGCGAUCCUGAAGAUCAACCAGUACCUGAUCCACCGGAAGACGGAGGCCCAGCACGAGAUGGAGGCGCAGGACCAGUUCGAUUACCUGAUCACCCGCAAGGUGAAGGCCAAGAGACGAGCGAUCCUGGAGAUCAACCAGUACCUGAUCCACCGGAAGACGGAGCGUUUCAUCAGAAUCCUGAAGGCAGCCAAGGCAUCAGAGGACGUGAUCAAGAUCGCCCAGGCUCUUAAGUGCAGUGUGUGCGAGAAGUUCUUACAAACGAGGCCACCCAGGAGGGCGGCACCACCACGCGAGUUCGGGAUCAACGAAACCAUUGGCAUGGAUACGGUUUGGCUACCCACAGUGGGACAGAAGCGCAAGAAGAUUGCCCUGAACAUCAUCGACUACGCCUCUCACUUCCAAAUGAUUAUCCCCCUGAAAGGACGAAGCCCAGAAGCAGUUUGGAGCGCCUACCGGCAGUGGGUUCGAUUCUUCGGGCCCCCGAAACAAAUCUGGGCCGACCAAGGAGGCGAGUUCAAGGGCAGCUUCCGACUCAGGACCGCCCAGGAGGGCACCCGCAUGGAUCCCAGCAGCCUGGAAUCCCCCUUUCAACGAGGACUUGCUGAACGACAUGGACGGACUUUUAAAAUGCUCCUGGAAAAGGUGAUGGCGGACUACAACUGCUCCAGCCUCUCGGAAUGGAGCGAGCUUGUGGACACAGCCGUGAUGAUGAAGAACCGCCUGGCGUCAAGGGGCGGAUAUUCACCUAUCCAACGAGUUAUGGGAUACCUCCCCCGACUACCUGGGGGAUUACUGUCGGAAGGCCACGACGACGCCGAAGCGGGAAAGGAGCUCCGGCUAGGCGAUGGAGGCGUGGUUCGCGCGAUGAACAUGAGGAAGGCGGCAGCCAAGGCCUUCUUCGAGGUGGACUGCGACCAGGCCCUCAGGAAUGUCAUUGCUGGCGGCCCCCGCCCGCAACAGGACUAUGUGGUCGGACAGAUGGUCUACUUCUACCGGUUGGGGCAUUCCAAGAAAGGAGACCGACCUCACCAAAGAUGGCAUGGACCAGCCCGAGUCAUUAUGACGGACAUGCCGUCCACGGUGUGGCUCAGCUACCAGGGGAACCUCGUCAAGGCCUCGCCUGAGCGCAUUCGCCCAGGGAGCAUCGAGGAAAACCUGUCGGUGACAGGCUGGCUGGACGGCUUAACCAAAGCCAAGGAAGAGUUCGAGAAGGAGCCGAAGCGCGGCUACAUCGACCUCUGCAAGGAGCCUGUACCCGAGUACCAGGACACGAUCGAGUACGAGCCGGACGAGGAGGACACUGGAAUGGAUCUGGAGCCAGCGGUCAACUUGGACCGCCGCCGCAUCCGGCAGAAAACCAGCCUGGAUGCUCUACGAGCACGGGAGACUGCGGAACCAGAACUACGACCCGAGCCAGCAGCCAACGCACGGCCCGAAGGAGCCAUCCAGACCGACACGACCAUGGGAAUCUGGGAACGUCUACCUGGACCUGCUCUACCGGAUGAGGACGGCGAACCUCCAGCUGAACCAGAAGUUCUUGACGACGAAGACCCGACCGAACCGCCAACCAAGAGGUCACGGACGCAUCUCCUCGAGAUCUACUACGCCAAACUUGAGACGCUGUUCAAAACACGGCAGCGGAAGGAGAUCCGGCUAAAGGACCUGAAUCAACAGGAUUUGGACUGCUUCCUCAAAGCCACUGAGAAGGAGAUCAACAAUAACCUCGAGACCAAGGCCUACGAGAAGCUCAACGCGGAGACCAGCGAGCAGAUCCGACGGGAAAAGCCCGACCGGAUCAUGGAGUCCAGAUAUGUUCGGACGGCGAAGCCGCUCGAGCAUGAUGAUGUCGACAAGGCCCAGUGUGAGGGAACGCUUUUGCACGGUGAGCACGGCGGUCCAUGCAAGGCAAAGGUUCGACAUGUCAUGAAGGGAUUUUCGGAAGAAGGUGCUGAAGACUUAGAGUCGGCUACUCCUCAGGUGACUAGAGAAGGGGUUAUGUUUACGGCCCAGGUCAUUGCUAGCAAACGCUGGAACUUGGGGUUCUUGGAUUUUACCCAGGCCUUCCAUUCAGGGGAUCCGAUUCGUAGAGAACUGUAUGCGGAGCAACCUCCGGAAGGUGUUCCGGGAAUGAAGAAAGGAGAACUUCUUCGUCUCCUUAAGACUUGCUAUGGUUUAUUGGAUGGUCCGAUGGCCUGGUUCAGACACUUGAAAAGGGUGCUUCUUGAGGAACUGGGCUAUGUUCAAAGCCUUGCGGAUCCUUGCAUCUAUUUUCUUCAUGAUGACGCCAAGACCGGCUGGGAUAAACUCGUCGGCAUUGUGUCAGUUGCUACCGAUGACAUGCUCCAUGGUGGCGACGAGGCACACCAGGCCAAGAUGCAACUGUUGAACCAGAAGUAUAAACUCGGUAAGUUCCAGUAUGGCAGUGGCAGGUUCACGGGAAAACAGUUUACCCCCCAGGGAGAUGGUAGCAUCGUUGUGGAUCAGUUUCACUAUGUGUCUGAGAAGGUUCACAAGAUCCCCCUUAGCAGGAUUCGUGACAUUAUCAGCGCCAACCAACUGGCCUCGGAAGCCGAGAAGUUUCAAGUUGGUAUCCGUAUCUCCCCGAUACCGAUCACCAGGCUUCGGGUUAGCGCUGUUACGGAUGCGUCCUGGGGCAAUGCCGAGGGUGCUGGAUCAACCGAAGACUCGGGACGGGAUUUCUGGAUUGAGACUCAAGACCAUUGGAUUAGGAAACAUGUUCAACCCCGACGGACCUUGUUUCAUCCCGGGAUGGUUGAUAAUGGCCCCGACUUGCAUACGAUCGAGGCGUCCCGAACUACGUACUUCAACCAGGACAAUCAAGAAAGCAAGCAAGAGGACACCUGGAACGGAAAUCAAGUCAGUUUGGUGGCUGGUUCGGCCUGGACCGGUCAGACUGUGUUUGUCAAAAGUAACAAGGGUCUUGAUCAUACUGAGAUUUCGGAGAAGUUUCUUCAGAAUCGGCGUACCAGUAGCCAGGGAGGACACUUGUUGAUUUUUCAUGAUCAGGAUUUGCAGUGUGAGCCGUCAGCUGCUGUGACCAUUUCCAGCUGGAAAAGCUACAAGCUUAAACGGAAGGUGGUGAAUACCUUGUCGGCCGAGUGUCAGGCCCUCGCCAGCGGCAUCGGAAAUGUUCAUUGGCACAGGUUCUUGCUUCUUGAAGCUCAAGGAGGCGAGUUCACCGAUCAGAUCGAUGACAAAAGAACGGCCAUAGACAUUUCGAUCAUCAAGAACGAGCUUGCUCAUGGAG